CUCGGAGGACAAGAGUGCCCGCAGACGCAUUUCUCUCCAGAGCCCCCCCUCGUCCUCUUUCACUCUCUCUCACCCUGUCUCACUCUGUCCAUCUCGCUCCUACUCUCUGCUUUACACAUACACACAGUCACAGUCAACAAAGCUGGAGGACGAGGGACGUGGGGGGCGAACGAGGGGACCGAAGUAACACGCAGGACCCGCCGCAUCACUUCGGCCGGACUCUCGCAGGAAGGACUGGAGGAUCGACGGAAGGGGAGAUUUGCCAAAGGUGACAGCGAGCAGGGGCGGACACGCACGGGACAGGGCUUCUUUUCAUUGGUCUUCAUGGUGGUUUGGACCCUCGUAGCAUGUACGAGAAGUUAACCAUGCUGAACCUGCAGAGCGGCUCAAACUGGAGCGGGCCCAACAACUGGUACCACGACCCCACCAGCGUCCAGACGCAACACAGCACAGUGUCCGACGGCUGCCUGCUGGACACGGAGGGCAGCAUAGGGGGGGAGGCAGGGGGAGGGGGAACGGGCAGAGGGGGAGGAGUCCCCGUCGAGAGGGACGACGGCGAGGAGUCUCAGCUGAGGCUGCAGCUCAAGAGGAAGCUGCAGAGGAACCGGACCAGCUUCACGCAGGAGCAGAUCGAGGCUCUGGAGAAAGAGUUUGAAAGGACACAUUACCCAGAUGUCUUUGCCAGGGAGAGAUUGGCAAACAAGAUCGACUUACCAGAGGCCCGGAUACAGGUGUGGUUCUCGAACCGGAGAGCCAAGUGGAGGCGGGAGGAAAAGCUGCGCAAUCAAAGGAGGUCGGGGGGUGCGACUUCCUGUUCGCAGAGCCAAGCCCCUCUGACCACUUCCUUCAACACUUCCGUCUACCAUCAGCAGCACGCCAGCAGCUCAGGGUCCAUGUUGAGUCAGGCUGAGUCGUCCCUGCCCAGCUACAGCUCCCUGUCAGUCUUCUCAUCUGGAGUCCAGUCCAUCCCCCCCCAGUCGGCCUCCUCCUACUCCUGCAUGUUGCCUCCGUCCCCGUCUGCCCCGCGCAGCUUUGACUCAUCGGCGUACUCCUCCCCUCACCUGCAGACCCCGUCCUCGGCCAACUCCAACACCGGGAGAGGAAUGGAUUUGGGUCGGAUGCUGUUGAUGCUUUUGACCUUAACGGGAAGCACAUCAGCGCAGCCCGAGCAGUACAAAGCGGUGGAUUGGCUGAGCAGGUAUGGCUACCUGCCGUCUCCUGACCCGCGCACAAGCAGACUGCAGACCAAAGAAGGGCUAGAGAAAGCCAUCCGUCUCAUGCAGAGAUUUGGCGGGGUCCGGGAAAGCGGGGUUCUGGACGCCGAAACGCUGAAACUCAUGUCCACGCCUCGAUGCUCUCUCCCGGAUAUUGUCGGGAACGAGGAGAUGUUGAAGAGGAGAAGGAGGAGGAGGAGAUACGCCCUGUCAGGCCUGAAGUGGCACAAGACAGAGCUCACAUGGAGUAUCCACGGCUACCCUUUGCCGUCCCUCUCACCCGGCAUGUCCAACGGCCUGGUGGACGCCAUCCUGCAGCGUGCCUUCGAAGCCUGGAGCCGCGAGACCCCCCUGAGAUUCCAGCGGCUGCCGGGCAACGUCGGCGGGGACAUCCGAGUGAACUUUUCCCGCUCGCUCCACGACGAUGGGUACCCUUUCGACGGGCAGGGCGGCACCCUGGCGCACGCCUUCUUCCCUGGCAGUCAGGAAUUGGCGGGUGACGCGCACUUCGACAACGACGAGAUCUGGAGCUACAGAGAUGACAGCGGCCACAGCACAGACCUGUUCACAGUCGCCGUGCACGAGUUCGGGCACUCGCUGGGCCUGUCCCAUUCCUCGUCCGACCCGUCCAUCAUGAGGCCCUACUACCAGGGUCCUGCGGGAGACAUCGAAAACUUCCGCCUGGACCAGGACGACCGGAUGGCCAUCCAGCAGCUUUAUGGUGUGAAUGACCGCCGACCGCCAGGAGGUGUUGAUCCUGACCUCCCACGCCUGCCCAGUCCACCUCCCCCCAGGCCAACAAAGCCUUGGAACCCGCCGCUGGACGACCGCUGUCGGGGAGGCUUUGACGCCGUGGCAAAUAUCAGGGGAGAGGUGUUCUUUUUUAAAGGUACACACUUCUGGAGAACUGGGCGAGACAGGUUAUUGGUGUCCUUCAAACCGGCUCGGAUCAACAACUUCUGGAUCGGCCUCCCGCCGGGAACGAAUAAGAUCGACGCCGUGUACGAGAGAAAGAGUGACAGCAGGAUCAUCUUCUUUAUUGGAUCUCAGUACUGGGUCUUCACCGACACAGUGGCCAUGAGCGGCUACCCGCGGCCCAUCUCCGAGUGGGGCAUGAGGACCGAGAGCGGGACGCCGGUGGACACGGUGGAGGCCGCCUUCAUCUGGGCCCACAACGGCAAGACCUACCUGUUCAGCGGCGGGAGGUUUUGGAGGUUCGACGAGAGCCGCGAAGGCCAAGGUGUGACCAGGCACCUGGAGCCGGGCUACCCGAAGAACAACACCCUCUGGGGAGGAGUGCCGACCCGCAUGGAUGACAUCAUCAGCUGGGGAGAAGGAGAUGCCUACUUCUUCAAGGACAACCUCUACUGGGUUCUGAAGAGCGGAGGGCUGAACCAGGAUGUCGUCACUCCCAAAUCCACCGCAGUGGACUGGCUCAGAUGUCCGGCUCCUCCUGCUACUUCCGCUCCUCGGAACCCAAAGGAGUGCCGCUGUGACCUGAAGGGAUCAUCUUCCUUCUUAACAAGCGGCUGGCUCCUGCUGAUCUCAUUCAUUUUGGUAAUUGAAAGUAAUUGUGUUUUUUUUUACUAAAUUCUUUUCACCUCCUGGUGUUAAAUAUCCUUCUUAGCUUUGGCAUUUGAGGCCUGUAUUACCGGUAAUACAUUUUUUGCCUUGGCAGAACAUAUUGCUGUGCCCACAUUUUGCUUUCACCCUCUGUCCUGCCACAGAGAAUACACCCCCCCCCCCUCCUUAUUAAAAGAGUAAGUGUUGGGUUACAUCGAGCCUGUGAAGCAGAACACAUGGAAAUUCAACACAGCAAUCCAGCACUCCCAAACGUCUUAAUGAGGUCUUACAAAACCGCCUCAUGUUUGGACAGUAAACUCAACUCAAACUCAAACACGCAAGUGCAAUACUCAGUUUCUUUAUCAAGGCUCAUUUUUUAUAUAUGCAUUUGCAUAUAAAUCUAUACAGUUUAAUCAGAAAUAUAUGGUAAAUAAAAUUUAAACCACGUUGAGGUUUGUUGUUUCCCAUUUCUGUAUUUAUUUUUUGAUAACUAUUGUACUUUUCAGUCAAUCAGGAGUAAAAGUCGUUCACACUCAAACUGAUCUGACUAUACAU